AUGUCGUCUUCCAAUUCUCUGAUGGACAACCUGUUCCAGCGAAGCCUCGAGGAUCUGAUCAAAGGGUUCCGACUCCAGCUCCUCGGAGAAUCCGCUUACAUUUCCAGAGCCUUAGAAGAAAUCCGCCGCGAGAUCAAAGUGACAGAUCUCUCCACCAAAUCCACAGCCCUGCACAAGCUCACUUACCUCGCCGCGCUCCACGGCGUCGACAUGUCGUGGGCAGCUUUCCACGCCGUCGAGGUCGUUUCCUCUCCGCGGUUCCAGCACAAGAGGAUCGGUUACCAAGCGAUUACUCAAUCGUUCAACGAUCAGACUUCGGUUAUGCUUCUGAUCACAAACCAGGUGCGAAAGGAUUUGAACAGUGUUAACGAAUUCGAGGCAAGUCUAGCUCUGGAAUGUUUAUCUAGAAUCGGAACUCAUGACCUAGCUAGGGAUUUGACUCCGGAAGUGUUUACACUCUUGGGUAGUAGUAAAACUUUCGUGAGGAAGAAAGCAAUUGGUGUGGUUUUGAGGGUUUUCGAGAAGUAUCAUGAUGCUGUUAAGGUAUGUUUCAAGCGUCUUGUGGAGAAUCUGGAAAGCUCUGAUCCGCAGAUUCUCUCUGCAGUCGUUGGUGUCUUCUGUGAGCUCGCCACUAAAGAUCCCAGCUCUUGCCUUCCUUUAGCUCCUGAGUUCUAUAAGAUACUGGUUGAUUCGAGGAACAACUGGGUUCUGAUUAAGGUUCUUAAAAUCUUUGCGAAAUUGGCUUCGAUUGAGCCAAGGUUAGGUAAGAAAGUGGCUGAGCCGAUUUGUGAGCAUAUGAGGAGGAGUGUGGCAAAGUCUCUGGUGUUUGAGUGUGUUAGAACCGUGGUGAGUAGCUUGAGCGAUCAAGAAGCAGCUUUGAAACUUGCGGUUGCAAAGAUCCGGGAGUUUCUCGUGGAGGAUGAUCCGAAUCUCAAGUAUCUCGGUUUACACGCCUUGUCGAUUGUUGCUCCAAAGCAUCUGUGGGCAGUUUUGGAGAACAAAGAGGUUGUGGUCAAGGCCUUGAGCGACGAGGAUCCGAAUGUUAAACUCGAGGCGUUGCAUCUGUUGAUGGCAAUGGUGAAUGAAGAUAACGUUUCGGAUAUCUCCAGGAUUCUUAUGAACUAUGCACUCAAAUCAGACCCUUUCUUCUGCAACGAGAUUAUAUACUCCGUGUUAUCGGCUUGCUCCAGGAAUGCAUAUGAGAUCGUAGUUGACUUUGAUUGGUAUCUGUCACUUCUUGGUGAAAUGGCGAGAAUCCCGCAUUGUCAACGAGGGGAAGAGAUUGAGCAUCAGUUGGUUGAUAUUGGUAUGAGGGUCAGAGAUGCUAGACCGCAGCUAGUUCGUGUUUCUUGGGCGCUUCUUAGUGAUCCUGCAUUGCUAGGUAACUUGUUCUUGCACCCGAUAUUAUCCGCAGCUGCGUGGGUUUCAGGGGAAUACGCUGAGUUCUCGAAGAAUCCAUAUGAAACCGUGGAGGCGCUUCUGCAACCACGUACUGAUCUCUUGCCACCCUCCAUAAAAGCCAUCUACAUACAGUCGGUUUUCAAAGUUCUCGUCUUCUGUCUUGGGUCUUACUUUUCAGCCGAGGAACCCAUUUCUUCGUCCUUGGCUCAGGAGUCUAGUUCAGUGAAUGCUUUCGCAUAUGAAUCUAUAUUGAAUCUGGUGAAUGUGAUUGAGCUUGGUUUGGGGCCGUUAUCUGGAACGCAUGAUGUGGAAGUGCAGGAGAGAGCUAAGAACGUUUUGGGAUUCAUCGGUAUGAUAAGGGAAGAAAUAUCUGAGAAAGUAAACAAUGAAGCAGAAGCUUGUAGAGUCACAGCGUUCAUGGAAGAUGUGUUCUCUGACGAUCUCGGCCCUGUUUCUGCCACUGCACAGGAAAAAGUUUGUGUACCUGAUGGGUUAGAGCUGAAAGAGACUCUCAUGGAUCUGGAAGAGAUUUGCGGGGAGUUUUUAAAACCUGUGGAAUCGGACAAGAUAAGCUUCUCUGUCUCCAAACUCAGAAUCAGAGAUGAACAAGAGGCCUCGUCAUCUUCAUCUCAUCCACAUGAAGGUGGUGCUGGUGCUGCAUCUCUGCUUGAACACCGGAAACGCCAUGGCAUGUAUUAUCUUACUUCUCAGAAAGACGAUCCCGAUAGCAACGUUACGCUGAAUGAUUAUCCUCUGGCGAAUGAAUUAGCAAACGAGAUAUCUGUGGAUUUGUUUAAACCCAAGAGAAAGCCGUCUAAACCGAGACCUGUAGUGGUGAAACUAGACGAUGGAGAUGAAUCAAGAAGUAAAGGAAAAACAAAUCCGGAGGCUGGAAAUGAGGAUGAAUCUUUGUCCCGGGCGAUCCAGACCGCUCUUGUGGUUAAGAAUAAGGGAAAAGAGAAAGCACAGGAAGGAGAAGAGAGCUCGAGAAUAGUAAAUCACACGAGCUUAGAGAUGAAGAAGAAGAAGAAGAAAAAGAAGAAGAAUGGGGAGAGAAGCAGUAAGGAUAAAUCGCGACGGGAAAGUGAAGUAGCUGCUACUACAGAACAAGUUAUAAUCCCAGAUUUUCUCUUGUGA